AUGAAGACUUUUCUUGGCCGCGAGGGCUCCUCUGACGCCUUCGAGAAAAACAAAGAUGCCAAGACCACAAUACCAGACCCAGAGUUGCCUGUUCAACCAGAAGGUGAAUAUGCUGGAGAGUUCACGGAAAUUUCGACUGUGAGGCAAGGCCUUCAUCAAAGACACAUUCAAAUGAUCGCUUUGGCUGGUACCAUUGGAACAGGCCUCUUCCUCAGUUCUGGUGGAGCGAUUUCGCGUUCAGGUCCUUUGGGUGCCUUUUUAGGAUACUUAGUCAUGGGAUAUGUUGCUGGUACGGUAACCCUUGCAGUGGGCGAGAUGGGCACACUCGUUCCUCUGAACGGUGGAAUAGUCCGCUACGCCGAAUACUUUGUUGACCCGGCAUUGGCAUUUGCCAACGGUUACAACGUGGUAUAUUCUUACCUUGUGUCUAUCCCCGCAGAGAUUGUGGCUGCUGCUGUGCUAGUGCAGUUCUGGUCUGAUAUCAAUGGUGCGAUCUGGAUCACUAUCUUUGGAUUGCUCAUGGUGUUUACCGCAUUGGUCUUUGUGAGAGUAUACGGGGAGCUCGAGUUCGGUUUCUCCAUGAUAAAGAUCUUGCUGAUCAUAGGAAUCAACAUAAUGGCUCUUGUGAUCACAUGUGGUGGCGGUCCUGACCAUAAAACUAUCGGAUUUGAGUACUGGAACAAUCCUGGGCCUUUCGUUCAAUACCUUGGGAUCGGUGGUGCUCUUGGUCGCUUUCUCGGUGUCUGGACAUCCCUCAAUAGUGCCCUCUACGCUUAUUCGGGGAUUGAAGUAAUUACUGUUGCUGCCGCAGAGACAAAAUCUCCGAGGCAAGCUAUUCCACAGGCAGCCAAGCGUGUUUUCAUUCGUAUAUUGAUUUUCUACGUCAUCUCAAUCUUCAUGGUUGGCCUUGUGGUCCCCUCUAACGACCCUAGACUCAGCAAUUCCAGUGGGACAGCUUCGCAGUCUCCUUUUGUGAUCGCGGCGACUCUGGCUGGCAUCAAAGGUGUGCCAUCAAUUAUCAAUGCUGUCAUCAUCACGUCGGCAUGGUCUUCAGGCAACUCAAAUAUGCUCGGAGGGACUAGGGCAUUAGUUGGGCUGGCGAUGAACAGUCAAGCCCCGAAAUUCUUCACUCGCCUUAACAGAUUCUCGGUUCCUUGGGUUGCAGUUUCACUUUACGGCCUUUUUAUGUGUUUAGGAUAUAUGUCGCUCUCUUCCACUGCCAACACCGUGUUUGAUUGGCUACAAGAUCUUGUCUCCAUCACAACUCUAACCAACUGGCUGACUAUUCUGAUCACAUAUCUUCGUCUCUACUAUGGGUGCAAGAAGCAAGGGAUCUCUCGAAAGUCUCUCCCAUGGGCGACACCAUUCCAGCCAUAUAUCAGCUGGGCCUCGCUGUUCAUGCUUAGUAUUCUGCUCAUCACUGGCGGGUACUCUACGUUUAUCAAGGGACAUUGGGACAACGAAGGUUUUGUCUCCUCUUAUAUCAAUAUUCCCCUUUUUCUGAUCAUGCAUUUCGGGUACAAGUUUGUUUGCAAGACAAAGAUCAUCCCCCUGGAAGAUAUUCCCAUCCAACCAUUCAUCGAUAUUGCCAAUCGCAACCCAGAGCCAAAGCCAAAGCCAAGGAAAGGUCUUCGCAGGCUGAACAUUCUAUGGAGCAGAGCUUGGAUCACUGUAUCUACAAGACCUCUUGGCUCGCUGGUGGAGUUGCUUGAUUAG